AGCCCCUGUGUUCUCCGCCAAGAUGGCAGAGGAAGCAACAGGACGAUCGUGACCCUGCCUGACUCUGAGCCCCGCCCCCUCACACUCCACGCCCCGCCCACUUGCCUCCACGGUGACCGCGCUGAUUGACAGACCGGACAGAGAGCGGGCGGCAGAGCGGAGAUGUCUCCGGUGGUGAGUCCUCCGGUGUGGGCGCAUCCCGAGCAGUUACCCUGGAGAGGAGUCCGCAGUGCAGAGUCUCAGCCAUCUAUUGACCCUACGAGUACAAGUGACACCGCCAACUCUGGUGGCCAUCCAGAAUAUGUUGCCUUCAUAUUGGUUCCUGUUUUCUUCAUCAUGGGUUUGGUAGGAGUCCUUAUCUGCCAUAUUCUUAAGAAGAAAGGCUAUCGAUGCACUACGGAAGCAGAGCCAGAGGAGAAGAUCAUUGGAGAGAAAAUCGAGAUGCAAGAAAGCAACGCAGACACACACAAUGAUACUGUCGGGCAGAUCGUAAGCUUUAUAAUGAAAAAUGAAGCAAAUGCUGAUAUUCUGAAAGCCAUGGUCGCCGACACUUCAGGGAUGGGGGAUAACAGCAUGAUUGAUCCAGAAAGCCCAACAACUCCAAACACUCCUGUGACUCCUACAUCUCCACUUAGUCCAACCUCUCCAGGUGGAACACCAUCUAAGCACUCUUGUCGUGGGCACCAUCUCCACACUAUCGGAGGAGUCGCUGACAGAAACGUGUGCAGUCGAUGUAGCAACAAACGCUGGAACUUAAUCAGAGUAUCACCGAAACAUAAAGAACCAAGGAAGCCCAAACAUGGAGCUGUGACAGUCCUUGCAGUAGGAAGGUUCAGAGUCACUAAGGUAGAGUCAAAGUCUAAAGAAAGGAAACGUUUAAUGUCAGACGGCACAGAAGUACCUUCUACACCGGUCAGUGUGGACACCCGGCAACGAAGCGGCACAGAGACAGAGAAUCAAAGCACGGUGGAUACCUGAAGAGUGAGGGAUUUCGAUGUGAAGCGAUAGCACUCCAUUGAUGAAGUGGACAUUUUAGAAAGUAUAUUUAAGCAGAGGUGUCCUGGUGCACAGCUUGUGUUUUGAACACGUCGGCCUUCUCUCUUUUUCUUCUUUUUUUUUUUUUUUGUUUU